AUGGCCGAGUUCACGCCCGACGACCUUUACCUGCCUGCUUUUCUCGACCCGCUCCUGGACUACCUUGAGGACCAUGUGCCCGCACCGCUCUACUCGACUCUCACGUCACUGCUGUCCCAUGCGCUGGCACUGUUCAGCGCCCUCAUAACCUUCGUCCUGAACCUGGUAAAGACCAAUCCCACAGAGUGGGAUGCGCAGAAGCUGCUGCCGCCCCUCAUCAGUGCGCUGGUCGCGUAUCUCGCGCUGCUGAGCGUGUAUCGGACGACGAGCUGGAUGUUCCGCUCGGCGGUGUGGUUCUGCAAGUGGAGUACCAUCAUCGCGGCACUCGCCGCUGGCGCUGGGUACUUCGCAGCCGGGGGCGGCAAUGCCGUGGGGAACGGAGGGGGCCUUCAGACGCACCCGAUCAUCGCGCAGCUCAGGCAGUAA